AUGGCCAAGACUAUCCAAUUCUUGGGCCUCCUUGCCCAGGCAAUCCUUUCAUUGGCAGCCGAGCAAGAUUACACCAAGGAUCACCCCUAUAUUAUUCCGCCUGUUCCAAAUGGCUUGGCUAUCGAGAAGCCGAAUAUGAUUUUGUUCAUGCCGGAUCAAUUACGUUUUGACUCGGUCGGAAUCUUUGGAAAUGAUAUUGUGCAAACUCCCAACAUUGAUGCUUUUGCGCGACAAGGUGUCCGUUUCACCAAUACAUUUGCGCAGGCUUCCGUUUGCUCGCAAUCACGUACUGCCAUGUUUACUGGACAGUAUCCCCAUGUGUCUGGACAUCGCUCGCUAGAAAACCUGCUCAAGCCCUGGGAGCCCAAUGUCUUCAAGGCGCUAAAGGAUCAAGGCUACCACGUCGCCUAUCUCGCUCCGCGCGGUGACCUGUACGCCGAGGACUCGACCGAGCUCGGUGUGAAUGAGUUUGGAUUCCUCACGAAUCAGACACUGCCAAGCUUCAUGAGCGAGUCCGGGUUUGACUUGAGUAAAGGCGAGAACGAUAUCUGGAACCGCCUCUUCUAUAUCGGUUCCCGGCCACAGAAUGAAACGCUUGAUUACGACGAGCUCCUGACCGAAGGCGCCCUCAAAUGGCUAGAGACCCCGCCGGCCGAGCCCUGGGUCCUGUUUCUACCAUUACUUUUUCCUCACUGCCCAUUCAAAGUGGAAGAACCGUUCUUCUCCAUGCACAACCGCUCGACCAUUAAACAACCUGUGAGCAGGAGCGAUAGGACUGGCUAUACUCCAAAAUACAUGGAUGCGAUUCGAGAAAGCUAUGGUCUAGAUCGCGCGACUCCGGAGAUAUGGCAAGAAGUCAUUGCCGUUUACUACGGAAUGAUCUCGCGUGUCGACUGGCAGUUUGGGCGAGUCAUCAACAAGACCAAGGAUCUGGGUUUAUGGAACAAGACCAUCACCUUCUUUUACACUGACCACGGUGAAUUUCUGGGCGAUUACGGCUUGAUCGAGAAAUGGCCGUCGGCUGUAACGGACUCGCUUACUCAUGAUCCUCUCAUCAUUGGCGGCGGCGGCCUCCCCGAGGAUGUCUCAUUUGAUGAAAUGGCAGAGAUGAUUGAUCUAGUCCCUUCCAUGCUUCAGCUCGCAAGCGCAAACACGACGUAUGCCCAGUAUGGAAAAUCAUGGGUUGAUGGCAUCCAUGCUCUCGGCAAAGGAGAAUUUCUUGCACACAAGGACUACAGCUUCACCGAGGGUGGUUUCUUGCUCAACGAGGAGCCUCUUCUCGAGCAAAGUCCCUUUCCCUAUGACAUCAAGGCUGGUCUGCAGCACAACCACACCGAAAUUGUCGGCAAAGCGAUUGCCGUGCGAGACAAGUCGUGGACGUACGUUUACCGCCUCUACGAGGCGGAUGAGCUUUAUAGCCGACAGGGUGACGAUCCUCACGAGGCAAAGAACUUGGCUGCGGAUCCAGACUUCCAAGAUGUACGAGCUCGGAUGCGUGAGGUUGUUCUCAAAUGGCUGAUGAAGACUACGGAUGUGAUGCCCUUCUACAAGGAUGUCCGUGUCCCAGAAGUUGUUCAUCUUGAAUCACCCUGGGAUCAGUACCAAGAACGGCUACAAGAACUUUGA